CUCACGGCCGAGACAGGAAGCCAUGGGGGCUUUACACCGAGAGCAGUCUCGCCACCAUUUCCAUCACAUUACCCUUUGAGAAAGCAUUCACUUCCCUGUUUUGGCUGAGUGCUCAGAUAAAUCGCUGUGCCGCUUCAUAAACCUGUUGGCGCGAGCUUGUCAAGAUGUUUGUCUGAUUUUUUUGUGAUGUCAAACUCUGUGGACUAAUGAGGGCUAGUGUCUACAUAAUGUUCAAAAUUUCAGAAUGGAGCUGGAUCUAAACUCUUCCAACAUGUCUGUGGAGUCCUUAAAACCCGAGCAGGGGCCGGUGGAGUACCGCAUUUCAGGCCUGAUCUUCUACUGCUUCAUCUUUGUCAUAGGAGUGAUAGUCAAUCUCACUGCUUUAUGGGUGUUUUCUCUCACCACCAAGAAGAGGAACUCCGUCACCGUCUACAUGAUAAACGUGGCGGUGGUGGACCUCACCUUCAUCCUGCUGCUCCCCUUCAGAAUGGUCUACCACCACCAGGACUAUUGGCCCUUUGGGGACAUUUUCUGCCGAAUCAGCGCAGCUCUCACCAUCUUCUACCCCUGCAUGGCCCUGUGGCUUUUUGCUCUGAUCAGCGCUGACCGCUACAUGGCCAUCGUCCAGCCGAAGCACGCCAAAGAGCUGAGGAACGUCCCAAAGGCUGUGGUGGCCAGUUUGGGGGUGUGGCUCAUGACUCUGGGGAGCACUGUGCCGCUGCUCUUCUCCGAGGACGACCCCGAUCGCAUCUCCAACUUCACCACCUGCAUUAAGAUGCAAGACAUCAUCCACAUGCGGCACGACAACCUCGUCAACUUUGUGCGCCUCAUCUUCUUCUUCCUGGUUCCCAUUUGUAUAAUGAUCGGCUGCUAUGUCGUCAUUGUGGAUAAUCUGAUACACGGGCGCACCUCAAAACUCAAACCUAAAGUGAAGCAGAAGUCCAUCCGGAUUAUAAUCACGCUGAUUAUCCAAGUGUUAGUGUGUUUCGUGCCUUUCCAUGUGUGUUUGGUGCUUCGUCUGGUGGGAACAGGCAGAGACGGGGGGUUCAGCACAUGGGCGGUCUUCACCACAUUUCUGAUGAACCUGAGCACAGUGCUAGACAUCAUUCUGUACUACAUCGUCUCCAAGCAGUUCCAGGACAGGGUGAUCAGCGUGAUUCUGUACAGGAACUAUCUGCGAAGUGUGAGACGGAAGAGCAGGCACACACACACCGGUAGCAUCCGAUCAAUGAGCAACCUGACCAGCGCGAUGAUAUGAAACAACCGUCAAACUUUCACGUCAAAAAACGGCAGACUCGUAUGUACAGAGUGCACGCUUCGGCACAAUGUAACACUGAAUGCUUCAGUGUGUACAUGGUUCAUUAUCAAAAGGAUCAAAACUUGCAAUUAAUUUCCAAGGUGUAAUUUACACUCACAGUAUGGGAGUGCUGCUGUUGUGGCAAAAACAUCUGUGUUCAGAGCUGAUUGACUCACCCAUGAGACUUGAGAUGUUUUCUGUGCAUCUUUGCUCUGGCAGACAAAGCACGACUAUCUGUGGCUCAGGUGUAAUACAGUCAGGCGAAAAUAAAGCUUGUGAUCAUUAAAAACAUAGCCCACAGUAUUGCAGUGUCUGCUUUGUUAUUAUGCAUAAACACUGAAACUCUUCUCAGCAAUGUCAACCAAUUUCUAUAAAGGAACCGACUGCCUCCACGGUGGGGGGAAACCAACAGGAAACUAUGGUGGGUUCUUAAAGGUUGCUGCUUUUGUUUGGUUGCACCUUAUUGGAACUUCGCCUCUGCAGCACCUCAGUGCAGCAUCAUGGGCUUAAAAAUAACCAUCAAUGCUGUGUGAUGUCAUGCAUGCAAAUAAAUUAGGUUUGCUUAACUGGUGUUAGUUCAGAGUGUCAUUUUUGUGGUGUUUAAACUCAACCACUUCAUAGAAGACAUUAUUUUAACACACACCACAGUGAAAAUUGCUGUUAACUUAUUGACCAGGUGAUGGCAGCAUGGCACAGCUAGACCUCACCUACCUGCCAGAUCCAGACAAACAGUGCUUUCUUGACUUUUAAAGUAGAUAAUGCAACAUUUGUUAUUCUCUGCUGUACAAUUCUGUGUACUUUUAUCUUUUGUCUCUGCUCAUUAUCACGUUUAAACUGUCUUUACAAAAGCAAACAUUUCAGCUUUUAUCCUGUGAAACAACUGCUCCACCUCAUCACAGAGGAGCUGUUAACUACAGCUUCCUCAACCAGGAGUCAGACUGAAAGUGUGUUUAUGGUGCAAUGCGAAUCAUAUUGAUUAGAUGUUAAAUGAUUCAGCCACUUGAAGUGCAUUUACAGUAACAUCCUCAAGAGAUGUCAGCGAGGCUAUUUACUAGAUUUAAAGCAACCUUAACCUUAAAAGAGAAAAUCUUUUCUGCACAGGGAGACUUUAAUGUCAGGACUCAAAGUACAAGCACAACGAUGAAAGAUCUUGUAAUUUAUCCACAAUUUAUUCCUUGCAAAAAAGCCAGACAGGUGAUGAGUUAGAAGGUACUGAAUGUGUGACAGUUCCAUCUCUAUGAAGAGACUGUUUAAUUUAAAUGAAGGGAAAAAACUAAGGUUUGAAUGUGAUGCUUUUGAUAGGUGUCCCGCACAAAUGUCACCCAGGCUAAGAAUUGAUUUGGUGUUGCCAGUUGUUGAAAUAAUUGAGUUAGGAUGUCUGUCGCACCUACACACUGGUCUUAACUGGAUUAGACAGUGAGUCAGUGUGGCUGAGUAACUAUGUAGUGUCUCAUACAAUUAGACAGUCAAGGCGCCCUGUGGUGUAACCACAUGGACCAUGGUAAUUUGUGGAGUGCUUAUUGUAUGGAUGAUCAAUUGCAGACAGAACUACAUAUAUUGCAAUGCUUUGCAAUUCUUUAAUUUGGGUUGUAUUAAUGUUUUCUCACAUUUUCACACUGAGAUAAGACACAGUAAUGUGGUGGUACAAGGAUAAACUGCACUGCAAGGCUAUGUGGUUCUUGGUUGGUGUGUACAGUGCUGGGUCAAGGGGUGUCCAGACUGUGAGAUAUAGAUGGUCUAGAUUUACACUGUGUUUAAUAAGAGGAGGCAGACUACAAGAUUUCCAUCUCACAUGGAAUUCUGGGAACUGCAGUUCAUCACAUGAUGAUAGGUUUAUUGGCUGCUGGACUACAAGUGGAUUUAUAACCAAGAGGUCAAAGGUCAAAUGAAACAUCAGAGGGUCGUCUAUCUGUCCCACCUGUUAGACAUCAAAGAAAAACCAGCCACGCUGCUCACAGCAACUGGCAUUUAAAACAAUUAAGUUUCCUGUCAAGUCCCUGUGAUGAAUUAUCCGGAAGCUUUACCCGCUGUAAUUCUAAAUCUUCCCAACAAGUGCCUUUGUUGUAGAGAAAUUAAUGAAAACAAGAUUGUCUUUCAUAGGAGCUGAUCUAACAGCGCGACAGCCAGCUGCUCUUCUUUGGGAAUAAAAACAGUCAGCAUUAAACACAGCUCGCACAAAAUACUUUUUUUUUUUUCUACCACUCGUGUGGAAAACAAAUCAGGCGGCGAGCGCAGUGGCCAUCUGUUUUGUUAUUUGAUAUGUGUGAAUACAUGUUGUAAUGACUUUGUUUGUGAAUCACUCUGCGCGGCAGAACACACGAGAGCUCUCGAAGUGCUGGAGUGUUCAAAGCUAAUCAUAUAAUUGGACACAAUAGUCGAUGACAAAUGGAGACGCUUGGAGCCAGCCAGCUGGGGAAGUGAAUAUGUAAUCAUUGUAAAAUCAUAUCAUUUUUGCAUAUUUGAAGACAGCUUAAUAGAGUUUGCGUGUCAGCACACUAUCAAAUGAUGAUCAGAGACAGUGUUGCUGUAUUUGUUUUUCUAAAUACUGCUUUGUUGGACUAGUAAUCUUUAUUGUGAUUAAAAGUGUUUCUCAAGA